AUGACCACCGUCGCCGUCGCACGGUGGGUCACCCCCGCGACGCGCGGCCGCGUCGCCGCGGACCGCUCGCGCCGCGGCGCGACGACGCGGCGCGGCGCGCGCGUCAAGACGCGCGCGGUGUCCCCCUCGGGAUUGCCCGCGGACAACCCGGAAAACCCAAAGAGCGACGCGAAGAAGGCGUCGUCCAAGUCGUCCAAGGCGCCGGGCGAUCCCUCCUCCUCCUCCUUCUCCUCCUCCUCCCCGGCGGCGCCGUCGCCCGACGACGAGGCCGCGAACGUGGAGGCGCGCGCGAAACUUCAGAUCUCGCUCGAGGCGCGGAACGACGUGCGAGAGCGCAUGGACGCCGCGGUCGCCGCGGAGGAUUUCGAGACCGCGUCGAAGCUCCGCGACGAGCUGACCGAGCUCCAGAACGCCGACCCGCUGUUCGUCGCGACGCUCAAGAUGAACGCCGCGAUCGAGGAAGAGCGCUACGAGGACGCGGCGAAGCACAGGGACGAGAUCGCGGCGCUGACGCCGCCGCCCGCGCCGAAACCGCCGCGACGGAAACCCCCAGUGCCGUGCGAGAGCGACGAGACCACCGAGGGCGUCAACGUCCGCGUGCACUCGCAGUACGUCGCGUCGCGCUCCGACCCGUCCUCGAACCAGUACUUCUUCGCGUACUCGGUGCGGAUAACCAACACGUCGAGCGAGAUCGUGCAGCUGCGCGACCGCCACUGGAUCAUCAAGGACGACGACGGGCACGUGGACGAGGUGAAGGGCCCCGGCGUCAUCGGCGAGCAGCCGGUGUUGCUCCCGGGUCAGACGUUCGAAUACGCGAGCGCGUGUCCGAUGCGUACGCCGUGCGGGACGAUGGAGGGGACGUACACGUUCGUGAGGAUGGUGACGAAGAUGGCGGAGGAAGUCGUGGCGGAGGAGGGUGCCGAGGAGGAGGAGGGUGCCGAGGAGGAGGAGGAGGAGGAGGAGGAGGAGGACGCCGACGCGGACGCGGACGCGGCGGCGGCGGCGGCGGAGAGAAAAAGGAGGAAGAAGAAGAAGGCCGGAGACGGAGGGGGCGCGGGCGCGGGCGCCGGCGACGGUGACGCGUCGACGCAGGUGACGUACCUGCGCGAGGGCGAGCAGCAGGAUUUCACGGUCGUCGUCGGGAGGUUCGGCCUCGACGCCGAGGUGGACUGACCGCGUUCGUUCGCGACGACGACGAUUUGAUUUGAUUUGAUUUCAUUCGUUCGUUCGAGGAUCGUCGUCCUCGCCCGUUCGUUACAAAC